AUGAACGAGAACAACAACAACAACAUCUUCUCCUCGCUCUUAGAUAGAGGAGGAGGAGAGAAUUUCAUCAACAAGAGCAACAGAGCGCAACAAAACAGAGGCGCGUUAGGCAACAUCACGAACAACAUCAACAACAACAACAACAAUAGCAGCAGGCACAAGAAUAGUACAAGUAAUUUUGCGACGACAACAACAAAGAAGACGAGCAACAAAAAUAGUAUUCAGAUUCAGAUUUUACAGAGAGACGUGGAACGAUUGGCUCGACUGGAAUGUCACGAGUUCGAGUCCAUUGCGGAAAGGAAUAGCACGAACAGUAACGCCGAGGAUCGAAUCAUUUUAGGUAAGAUAAUGGAAGAACUCAUCGUGGAAUACUCUGAGAGAGAGCAACCGCACUCGUAUUACUACAAAACGUUGCGCGAAGCGUCGAGCCGAGCGAGUAGCGAACGCGAUGACAUUUGCAGAUUCAACUUUUAA